CACUCCCGCCAAUUCCGACCGAGGAGCGCGAGACGGCCAGCGGGGAACAGGGGUGCGUGCGGGAGAUGUGGAAACCUAGGAAGAGUUUGUCGCUGAAAAUGAAAUUGGACUAGAACACAAUUAAAGUAUAGAGAUAAACUUCUAUCUUCCGCACCGGGUGACAGCUGUCACUCCAGCGAACCGUCGCGGUCGUCGUGUAGUUUGCGGCUGUUUCUCUGCGGAGGAGGAGGAGGAAGAGGACGAUGCUCGCGGCGGGGACCCAGACGAACGCGGGAAUGGCGGCGGCGACCCCCCGGAGGAAGGGUAUGGAUUCUAAAACAAAACAAAAACAGGCCAACAUGAAGCUGGUUCAAGCCCGUCUGCCCUUCAAACGCCUGAAUCCUGAGCCCAAGGACUCCCAAGAGUCCAAACGGCCCCGCGUGCCUCUCUGCACGGAGCCAGCGGCCUCCGAUGGAGAGAACGAGGCGGAGACCUCCCCAGGCUCCGUCCACAACGGACCCGCCUUGGUCAACGGCCGCGGUCCUCUUGACGGCUUCUUCAGCCGAGGAAGCGGCUCCACGGAGAACAUGUGUAUAGAUCUAACCGCCGAGGAGUCUCCGGUCAAGCAGCCCUCUAAUCCUGCUGCCUGCGUUGCCGCAGAGGUGAAGCAGCCCCACACGGACAAACCGGUUCUCACUGGAGACUCCAGCAGCAACGUUCCGUGUAAAAAAGGGACUCCGGACUGCAAGGUGGUCAGCGAGGCCGAAGAUGAAAGUGAAGCAGAAGAGGAGAGCGAAGCGGAAGAGGAGAGCGACGCGGAGUCCGUCACGCGGCUUGACACGACGCAGGACUCUGAGAGCGAGGCAGAGGAGCAGGACGAGUCGAUGAAGAAUGAGUCCAUUUUGUCCGUCUCCUCCGUCAGCUCUAACUCUGCGGCUGAGAGUUCUCCCGAGCUGGCCAAGAACAAGAGCCUCAAUACUGAUCCGAACACAACCCCCAAGGUGCCAGAGGAUGAGAAGAAGGUGAAACGGCGCUCCUUGAAGAGCUUACAGGAGCAGGACGAGCGGCUCCAGCUGAGGCAGGAGAAGGAGCGGCAGAAGGAGGAGGCCAAAUCGGCCAAGGAGAAGAAAAAGGAGGAAGCCCGAAAACUCAAAGAGGAGCGAGAAAAGGAGAGAAGGGAGAAAAAGGAAAAAGACGAACGUGAGAAACGUGACAAAAAAGAAAAGGAGGAGAAGGAGAAGGCAGAACGGCUGAAGGCCAAGGAGGACCAGCGCAAAUCAAAACAAGAGGCUAAACUUGAAGAAAAGCGCAAGAAAGACGAGGAUAAACGUUUGAAGGAGGAGGAGAAAAAGAUGAAAGAAGAGAAAGACCGUCUUAAAGCUAAGAAUGCAGCAAUAACCAGGUACCUGCAGAAGCCCAAGACCCAACUGGCUCCUAAGACACUCUCGGCGGCGUGUGGGAAGUUUGCUCCGUUUGAGAUCAAGGAGCACAUGGGCCUGGCCCCUCUCUGCCGCGUCCAGUGUGGGGACGAGGUUCUGGAGGAGCUGGACCGCUGCCUGGGGACGCCGUCCAGCGACACAAACGUACUGAAGGAGUGGACCCAGAAGAAGCCCCGCAGGUCGGGUCCGACCAAGCCCCGGCAGAGGAACACCCUCAGUGACGUAGUCAUGGAGGAAGGGCCUCGGCCCGACGGCGUCCCCGACCGUAAGCGCUGCGGCGCCAUGAAGCUGCUGCAGUUCCACCUGAACCACCGGCCGGCGUACUGGGGCACCUGGAGCAAGAGGAGCGCCACCAUCUCCCCCCGCUGCCCCCUCCGCCUGGACAAGGACCUGCUGGACUACGAGGUGGACAGCGAUGACGAGUGGGAGGAGGAGGAGCCUGGAGAGUCGCUGUCGCACAGUGAAGGAGAGGAUGAAGAAGAGGGAGGAGAGGCGGAGGGGGGGGAUAAUGACGACGACGACGAAGACGACGAUGGCUUCUUCGUACCCCACGGUUAUCUGUCCAAUGAUGAGGGCGCGUUGGAGGAAGAGGAGGGCGGCGACAUGGAGAAGCAGAAGGUGCGCCAGAGGCUCAAAGCCCGGGAGUGGGACGAGCUGAUGUCGUCCAAGAAGAAGGUGAAGCAGCUGGAGGCGGUGGUCCGGGGCUGCGUGUGGGAUGGGGAGACGGACCGGCGGAGCCUGGAGCUGCUCCAGCCCUACGCCGUGUGUCUGAUCCAGGCCCUGCCCAAGGCCGACACCAGCCCCAGCCCAGAGGACCUGACCAAGAAGAGCCAGAGAGCUGAGCAACUACUGGAACAGCUGCUCCCCCUGCUGCACGGCAACGUCAACAGCAACAAGGUCAUCAUCACAGAGUUCCAGGAGCUCUGCCGCCAGCAGAGCCUGGCCGCGUCCCCCCCGCCCGCCGUGGGCAGCCCCCCCAGCCCGGCGGACAACGUCCCGACCAGGAUCUGCGUGAAGCGCAUCAUCAAGAACAACGCCGUGUACAAGAAGGGCGCCACCUACCGCCGCUGCUGCUGGUACGUCCACGGAGAGGUGCUGUCCCGCUUCGGCCGGGACGCCCUGCCCGUGCCCUGCCAGUGGACCUACCUCACGGCCGGAGCCCGGGAGGACCCCCGCGAGGAGGCCCCGCCCCCGGCCGCCACCGGGUCCCAGGGGAACUCCCCCGGGACGCCCCAGUCCUCCUCCACCUCCUCCACCCCCUCCUCCCACAAGAGGCGGAGCACGGGCAGCAUGUCCAUCAAGAGGUUCAUGAAGAAGUGUGCGGAUGUCGAACAGACGGAGCCCAUGGAGACGGACGGCUUCCAGGCCGACACGGAGGAGGAUGCAGAGGACGACUGUGUCAUCAUCGCUACACAGACCGAUUCAUCCAAAGAGACCGCCUCACGGACUAGCACGGAGACGGACCGCCCCGGCCGUCCGAUGGCCGUCUCCCCAUCAGACGCCCCCGCGCGGCCCGGCCCGGCCCCGACGGUGGCUACUGCCUGAGGGCCGACCCUGGACCUCGCUGUCGCCUCUAGGACCUCCUCUCCAUACCACUGCCCCCCCCCCCCUCCUCCCCCAUUUCACUCUUUCUCCUCUCAGCCCUGGGUGUGUCUCCGUCGCUCCUCACACGGACCCAGGAAGGGGUAACCCACCGCGCUAGAGAGAGACUUGUGGACGACACUGGAUCCUGAGACCGCCAGGCUUUCGGGGCGGUGGAGGGUCGUAACGGACGAACGAACGAAGGCCUCGACGGGCCAGCGUCCGGUCAGCUCCCGUCCCGUGUCCUGCACGGCACAGCGACGUCACGGCCGUCCUGUCAUCAGAGCGUCUUCACCUGUGGUUAGUUCACCACUGCAACUGGACAACACCAACUCAACACUUCCCUCCAGGGUUUAGACCGAGGAGAGCGUACCGUGCCCUGGGCCGGCCUUGUUGUUCUUCCCGUUUCACCCGCUGCAAAGUCGUGACGGCAUUAUGGGACUCGAGCCCUGCUGUCAGUCUCCUUGUACAUAGUCCAGUUCAGAGAGAAUCUAGCGCUCCAGCCCAGCCCCGUGUUGUUGACCAGCAGCCCUUAUCCUCGCAGACCCCCACACUAACAAGCGGGGGGGGGCGGUAUGUCUCUGUUGGUUGCGUCCCAGAUGGGGCCCGCUAGGCCACGUCAUUUUAUAAAUGUGGAUUUUUUUUCUUUUCAAGAAUACCGUACUUGAACAUUUUGAAUUCAUUAAAAUAAUAUUAAAUGUAUUGCACUUUUA